UUAGAGUGGGUAUACAGAGAACUCCUGGUUCAGUACGUCCUACACCAAAUUCCACAAGACGUUCAACCAAUAAACCGAAUAAUAAAUGUAAAGAUUCAGUAUCGAUGAAAAAGCAAUCCCCGCAAGAUUUAUUAAGACAACUAACUCGAGAUGUUCCUAUUAGAAUAGAAGUUUCAAAUUUUGAUUCUGAUGAAAUUGAAUCAAAGAAAGAAUUGUUGGAGAAUAUGGAGCAACAUGUACAAAAUAAUAUCCAAAUACAACAAUCUACCAAAGAUGAUGAACUAAUGGAUAUAGAAACGCAACUUCAUGACAAGAUAGAUUAUAGUGAAGAUGAAAUUUCAAAUUGUUUGGAUCAAAUAACCGAAACGAUGGAAUUUACUGGAGAAGUAAUCACUGAUCGAAAGGAUAUAGGAAUUGAAUUUAAUAAUCAAGUUGAAAUUCAACCGCCAAACCGGCUCGUCGAGACUUCAGGAGGGAAAUGAACUUGAUAACUUUUGGUUGGGAAGGAAUUUAAAUGAUUUAAAUAAUUUCACUUUUGAAAAUAAUUUCGAAAUAAACGAAAAUUCUGAACGAAGAAACAGAUUGCUCAACGAGUUACUUAGGAGUUCGUUGGAUAAUCAAGCUGAAAAUGGUUUGGAAAAUUAUUUAUCACACGAUUCUUUAGAGAAUCAGAGUAAUGAGAGAGUUCAA